AUGAAUAUGGCGGCCUCUAUACACUCAUCCAUCGUUUUCUUUCUUCUUUUCAUCGUAUUUUCACUUUUUAUUAAUGAAAAAGCAUUUGCUGCCCAUAUGGAACACCGCAAAUUAUAUGGAUCAAAAGAGAUAAUGACUAUGAGGAGGAACUUGCAAGGCAAUGGAGGCGCCAAAAUUGGAGCUCAUCCGAGUAAGUCGGAUAAGGCUGGAUCAAAAACUCAAAAUGAGCCGUCCAAAACCCAUCCUGAUCAAGCGAAGCCCCAAGGGCAAAGAAAGUAUCUUGGAUACGAUUCCCUCAAGCGUCAGCCAGUCUGCAACAGCACCAACUAUCACAAUUGUAUAGGUGAAGCCCAGCCAGUCUGCAACGGCACCAAUUACAGCCGAUGUAAGCGUUAUUGAAGCCCACAAAGGCCCAAUAUUUGUUAUAUUGUGGAAGCCCAUACAAGCCCAAUGUAAUUAGGGUUCUAGCAAGUUUAGGUUCAUAUAUAUAUGCUUGUAAUGACAACGAAGAACGUAAUUUUGAGAGUUGUUUCAAAGCAACUCUCCUUCCUUUCCUUUUAUGAAUAUCUAUCGCAAAUCAUUAUAAGUUCUUGAAGACAA